UGCAGUGCCAGCAGAAAAGGGAAAAGGAGGCAGACCUCAUAUCGCUUCUAUUGGAGUUUAUCUCUCGCACACCGCCCCGCACUUAUGCGUGUUGAAUGCCACGGUCGCGCGGAGACGGUGCGGAGACUCCCGGUGGCAUGACUGCUGGACUCCCGUGCGCGAGGUUCGACGAAGUAGUGCACCGACUGUUUUGGAAACAUCGCACCGGCCCAGAGUAGACCGUGUGUGGGAGAGAGGCAGAGAGCGGUCCUGCCCCCUUCAAUGACCGACCACCAGCGCUAGCGAUAAAAGCCUCGCUGGCAACCAUGGACGGCUACCAUGAGUCUCCUUAAAUAGUAUUGCUGCUGAGCUCUUGGCCCGGAGUGUUUCACUAUGCCCGACCGGUGGUGCUCCAUGCGGCUCUCCGUUGCCUGAUAACGCCGUUACGGGCCUGCUUUUUCCAUCUGGAAAUUUCUUGGCAGGGGAAAGCAGGCCAGCUAGCACCGCUAGCGCUAGCCCCCCUUUUCCGCGCUGCAUCCCGGGCUCUAACGGUGCAGGUUUUCUCCCAUGACCACGCCAUUGACACUUUCGUCCGUCAAUUCGAGGACUUUUUAAACUCCAAAAAAAGUAUUUUAUGGGAUUCAUAUCGGCGAAAGAGAAGCGGGCCUAAGCCAAAAUGGUGAACUGGAGGCGGCUGCUGCGAAUGUCCAACCGAUCAUUUCUGGCCUUCAUAUUCUUCUUCUCCAUGUCCACCACUUGUCUCUACUUCAUUUACGUGGCUCCUGGAAUAGCCAACACAUACUUCUUCAUGGUGCAGGCUCAGGGCAUCAUGUUGAGGAACAACGUGAGGACCUUCGGCCAGAUGAUCCGAUUGUACACGAACAAGAACAGUACACUCAACGGGACGGACUAUCCUGAUGGCAGUAACUCCAGUGAGUACCUGGUCCAGCCAACCACGUACCUCCCUGAGAACUUCACCUACGCCCAGAACCUCCCCUGCCCAGAGCGACUACCUUCUAUGAAGGGCCUUAUGGAAGUAAACAUGACAGAGAUCCCCAUGGAGGAGAUAGAACUGAAGUUCUCUAAGUUUUUUGACAUGGAGUUUGGAGGCCAUUGGAAACCAAAGGACUGCAGACCUCGCUGGAAGGUGGCCAUCCUGAUUCCAUUCAGAAACCGCCAUGAACAUCUCCCCAUCCUCUUCCAACACCUCAUCCCCAUCCUGCAGAGACAGCGGCUGCAGUUUGCCUUCUACGUCAUCGAACAGAGUGGGAGCCAGCCCUUCAACAGAGCCAUGCUCUUUAAUGUGGGAUUCCUGGAGGCCAUGAAGGACUUGGACUGGGACUGCUUGAUCUUCCAUGACGUGGACCACAUCCCCGAGAACGACCGAAACUACUACGGCUGUGGUCAGAUGCCCCGCCACUUUGCUGCCAAGCUGGACAAAUACAUGUACAUCCUACCAUACAGCGAGUUCUUUGGUGGUGUGAGCGGACUCACCGUGGAGCAGUUCCGCAAGAUUAAUGGCUUUCCUAAUGCAUUCUGGGGCUGGGGAGGAGAGGAUGAUGACUUGUGGAACAGGGUUCACUACGCCGGUCUGAAUGUGACACGACCAGAGGGAGAGAUCGGCAAGUACAAGUCAAUCCCUCACCACCACAGAGGAGAGGUGCAGUUCCUCGGGAGGUAUAAACUGCUGAGGUAUUCCAAAGAGCGGCAACACUUGGACGGCCUCAACAACCUCCACUACAGCCCCCACAUCUCCCUCAGCAGCCUCUACAAGAACAUCACAGUGGACCUGUACCCUGAGCUCGCUCCUAUCACAGACUACUGAACUGCCCCGCCCCCUGCGCCCCAUCAAGCCCCCCACUCCCCUCCCUCUACCCAACCCCUGGUCCACACACCCCCAGCUCACCAACUCCCCUGUGGCCUGGCUUCCCAGCGCCCCCGUCAAGCCAAAUUCAGAGGCGUAGCGGCAGAGGAGAGGAGGGGGGGCGCAGGCCGGCAGGGGUGAACCGAGAAAAGAGAGGAAAAAAUGAAGAGGCAGUGGCAAAGUCUCUCAAAGUGAACUGUGUGUGUGUGUGUGUUGCGUGUGUGUGUGUGUGUGUGUGUGUGUGGUUGCGUGUGUGUGUGUGUGUUGCGUGUGUGUGUUGCGUGUGUGUGUCUUGCAUGUCUUUUUGUCCGUGCCGGCUUAACUUCUACAAGUUGACAUGAGUCUUGGUUUAGGCUGGAGGGAGCAGCAGCAUCUCAGCUCCGAUGUUUACUGCAAAGCCUUAACGUGGCAGAACCACAGCUCCCUCCCGCUCGGCUCCGCACUGCUUCACUUCUGAUGUAUCACCGUCACCUUACAAGCCAACAGACAAGAUCUUUGUCUCACUUUCUACUAUUGUUUUGUUUUAUACAUAUCAUUUCGUCAGGCCGCAGUAAUUCCUUUUUAAAAGGAGGGAUCUGAUCGAGGUCGACAUUAAUGUUUGUGAUGUACAUUUUUUAUUUUUAUUUUGAUAAUGUAGUAUUUAUUUUUGCUCUGAGUCAGGACGAAGCGCUCCUGUCGUGUCACUCAAGUGUUUUUUGCCGUUUUGUUUCGCUGCACUGCUGCUGAAUCCGCAUGAACAUGUAUGUAAAUAUCGGCCUCUUAAAAGCUCGAACACAGAACACAAACAUGUAAAUAUGGGCCUUUAAACGCUCGGGCAUAUUACAGUGAAUAUUCCAGUGGGUUUGAAUUUUAUUUUGGCAGCUACCUUCGUUCUGAGGAUUUAAUAAAGAGUGAGUGGUUUCUUCCUAACAGGAAGAUCUUCUAACAAUAUAGGAUGUUUGGCUUAAAAAAAAAAAGUAUCCAAAUCUCAAGAUUUAACAUUAUCUUUUGCAUGCCUUAAUUUAUUUUGUUUACCAGAUUUUGUUCUUUUUCAGACAUAAAUUAUUUCAUCAGUUAGAGAUGUGUAUAUUUUUUAAUUUUGCCUUUUUUUGGUGUGCUUUUUUUUCUCUUUGAGGUGCACUGUGUGAAAAAGAGUAGAGCUGCUCUCAGACGGAGGGAGCCGCGUCCCUCCCCCGUGACUUUUGUACAGGGAGCAGGGUCGGCCAUUACAGCAGGAGUGUGUCCACACAACAUGCUUUAGUACAGGUUCAUGGUCUCAUGUGAGUGUAUAUUUUUUGUCUCAGAUGUGUUUUUAUUUUUUAUGAUUUUUAUUCCAAUGAUUUAGUGCUGGACCAUGUGAUAAAUCUCUUCUUUGUACUGUACCGUGCGCUGAAAGCAUGGGGAUUGGGGCUGGAUGCUGUGUGUGUGUGUCUGGACUAUGGUGUUGUUAAUAUUUUCUAAGUUUGUGAGGCAGUCAGAAGGGCCAGAAUGAGAGAACCUUGGCAUCAGCCCCUCGCAGCUGGAGCCACUGCUGUUCUUGAAUGGCACGCGCUGUGAAAAGUUUAAUUUCUUAAAGCUUUGAGCACUAUAAAGAUGGAGAGAAACAUGUAGGCAGAUUAUUUUUGACCAGAUGUUCACUGUUAAGAUUCUCCUCUAUAUCUCUAGGUUUUGAAUUUGACCAUGAAUUGUAUGUUUGGACAUUUUCUUUGAUUGUAUGUCCAGAGAUGUUAAAUUAGAACUCUGGCCAUUUUGUUGCCCUGGGCCCUUAUUUCCUGUUCAUCUUGUUAACUGCUCAGUUAGAGUCUCUUAGAGGCCCUGACACACUGUGCCAUUUUGGUCCAAACUGUGGUCCUAUCUCACUGUGAGACACGUCCACCGACGGCCCAAUUAGAGCUUUGGUAACCAAAGACGUGUAAGACCUUCAGAACCAAAUGGUUUCUAUGUGACUGCUGCUGAAAGCCACAAAUCAACUGAUCAGAACAGUACGCGUAACACGCUGUCUAACCCGACAGAUAUGUACAUACACACUAGCUGUGUACUGUAUAUAUCAUGGUGGCAUAACUGUCAUUUUUUAAUGUAGAAAAAAUGUUGAGAAACUCAUGAAGAAGUCCAUUGAAUUGGUCAUAUCACAUGAUCUUCAUCAGCAGAGGGGAGUUUGCCCUGUUAUGGAUGUCUGCUGAUGAAGAUCAUGUGAAAUGACUGAAAGCUCGAGAGUAGCUACUUAAAGGUCCUCUUCGUGUGAUUUGGUAAAGAUGGAGGAACGUUUUUAAAACACGAGUGGCAGCAGAUGGCCCAUGUGUGUCGAUGGCGUUUCUGCUCUCAUUUAUAUUUUGAUUUUUAGAAAUGAAACGAUUAGUCAUUUAAUCAACUGACCCUUCCUAAGUCCCGCCCCCCUCAGUCAUCUUCCUCUUUUCCUGUACAUUGGAGCUCAGAGCAAAAAGGGCCGGGACUUGGGAUGGGUCAUUUAGUUGAUUGACAGAAAGUUAGUCUGCAGCUGUUUGGAUAAUUGAUGAAUUGUUUUAGUAAGACAGCGAGCAAUUUGAAGAUAAAGUAAUCAGCAGGUUAGUUGAAUUUUUAGUUGUGGGCCUAAUUUAGUUUUCUGUUUACGUUGUAGCGCUGUGAGCAUUCUGACGUGCCUCAACAUUGACAUGAUACAGCGACCUAGACUGUAUUAGACCCAUCACUGGACUUAGAAGAUGGCUGUUAUCUUACAGUGUGCAUGGUCCGCGGCGCAGUCAUUCUUUUCUGAUGCGUCUCUCCUGUCAGUACUCCUGACAGCAGGCUAAUAAAAGCAUGUCUUUUUUCAGAGUGGAGACAUUGUGUGAUAAGACGUGGAAAUGAGUUUAUAACCAAAAGUGUUAAAUGGCACCACUUUUCAGAGGUGCUUCAGUGGUAUUUUUGGCUUUCAUGACAUGUGUUGAAAAGACAGUGUCGGUGCGCUGUUAAUAUUUGGAGAGAAAGCUGACGGGUCCACAUGUAGUGAAGCAGUUGAUGAGGUUUAGCUGACAAUAGAGGGAAAAUGGGCUCCAGGCAUGAAAUGGUCAGAGUGAUGUUUAUUUUCUAUAGUUUUUAAAGCAUUACGUGUCCGUCAGGGUUCUUCCACAAAUGCUGCAAGGACUUCUGGGAAAGGCUGUCUUUAAGCCACCUACCCUCCCAAAAGCCAUUGCAGCGGUGACUGUCGGAGCAGCCUGUAUAUGUUUACAGUUGUUAUUUUGUUUUGUUUUUUUGUGGCUGAACCUCAAUGCUACGACACAAUCCGGCUCGUGUUCCGCCACAAAGCUUUAACACUUCAGAGCGAGAUUAGAGAGAAGAGCAGUCACCGGUCGCCAUUUUAGCUGUGCUCUUUCCUUUUUCCGAGCUACGAACAGCGUCGGGUUAGCAGAUGAUUCUCUUGUGCUAUGCCUUUCUUAGCUUAGUACCACAUUUUUUGCAUAAGAGAAGAAGUGGGCCGUGUUUGUAGGUUGCAUUGGCCGUGGUCUGACCGUGUAGCAGCAAUAUUGUUGAAGUGGUUCACGUGGCCCAGCUGCUCACUUCAUCACAGCAUUGUAUUCAUGACUCUUGGUGAUCAACUGGUCAGGGCAUAACCCCUCCCCCCCCAUCACCAUUACUUAUACACCCUGCCCCCAUUGGUCUGUUGCUACAGUAUUUAAUGCAGCAGUAAUGCCUUAAUUUAUUAGUUACUGUUCGUAGUGAAAUAUCAAAUAUCUGAGAAGCCGUAUUCAAAAAUAAGAAGCCACUUCCAUGACUAGACUGACUCAUGUGGUUUCUCAGCUCCCUUGAAAGCAGAAAGAGUUCCUUCUAAGAAAAUAUUUUUUUCUUAAUGUUAGGGAAAAUUAGGGACGAAACGCGCCACUUUGAACAUGAUUUCAUUCAGAUUCCAGACAGACAGUUUUUAGCCACAAAAACGCUUCCACCAUAUUGGCCAAGACCAAGACGCCCCAUUUUCUUCGUUUUUUUUAAGUGCUUGUUUCAUCAGCAUCGCCUGUCAGGAUUCUGCCUACCCUCCCCCGCCCCUCAGUGCAAGGGUUACCUGGCCUCUGCAGUUCUCCACCCACCUGUUCUCUCCCGCGUCUGUCAUUUUACAGUAAAACAAACCUUAAUCACGAUCAAAAGCAAGCGGAGCAUCUUUUCUCACUCUCCCACAACAGCCUAAACAUAGACUUGGCUUUUACAGUAUUUAUAGUGUAGUGUAUAAUCAGCAAACCAUCUGGUUUAGAGUCAAACAUUCUCCACAGACAGUCAAGGUCAGAGAGGGGAAGAACUGAACAACAGAAAUGUACACCCCUUACGUGGGAGAUGCAGCUUGUUAAAGGGGCACUCCAGCAGUUUAGCAUUGUGUCAGACGAAGACGGGGAAAAAAAAAACAAUAAUUAGAUCACCAGAGGCUGAUAUAUCCAGACUUGUAGUCCUUAAUGAAUGUCACACCUGUUUGAGUGACGAGCAAACCCUUUUUGAAUUUAAGAAAAUUGGCACCAAGCUCCAAAAACACUGAGUAAGUUUCAGCUUCCCAAAUUGCAACUCAAAGCCUGUGUCUGGUAAAUGCGCAUUUCCAGAAAUGUGGAAUUUCUGUUAUACAUUUGUUGCCCAAGAUGUAUGGAAGCCCAUUUCUGCCAAUGUUUCUUGAAGUCAUUAUGAGAAACGGUCUUAUAUUAUUUUGACUAAAUAUCUCAAAGUCAUUCAUGAGAUAACCCUGAUGACAUCACUAUUGCAUCAUCAGGGUUAUGUGGUUUCAUUAGAACUCAACCAUUCUAUGUAAAUUUUGAGUUUUCCUUUAACAACUGAAGCAGUAGAAGGCGAGGCAGGUCACAGUAUUGAAUAUCACGGACUGUCUCUUUUACACAGCGUUGUGCUUUAAUGCUCUUCUCGAGGGCAGUACCAAGUGGAUAAACGGAAGAAGAGUGACAGGGCAAGUCAGCAUAUAGGGUUUAGGAUCAGACUAUAUUCCAUCAUUCUCAUGGAUCUUUGUAUCUAGUUCACAUGGGCCAAGCCUAAACUCUGGUCCAGAUGCCAAGUGCUAAACCGGGUUAGUCUUAUCUUGGAUCAUUUUUUCCAAAACGUUUGUAUUAGUCUUUAGGGUGUCGGGUCAGCAGGUUAUCAGCAGACUCCACCCAGAACCGUUUUAUCUGAAAGCUUAAAGUAUCGUUCAUAUGAUGUGUUCACCAUUAGACAACUGUAUUCCAUUUUGCAGUAUUUAUUUGUGCCUUGAGUUCUUUUUUCUUUUUCACUCUACAUUCAGAUUGAAGCGAUUAAAAGUGUUUUGUUUUCCUGAA